CUCCGCGCACUUCCACUGACAUUUUCUGGAUUAUAUUCCUCUCGUAAAACUCCCAUCCGCUGUUUAGCUUCGCUGACAAGCGAGCGAAAUUCGCAGAUGAAUUGCUCGCAAAUAAACCCCACUGAUAAUAACGACACUUCGAUGCUUUCCUCGGAUUCGCGCAAUAUUCCUUCACAUCUUUUACCACGCAUCUUUAUUUCCCAAUAAUGUAAAAUUGUGCAACCUCAUGAUUUAUAAAAAAUAACGUACAGAUUCGCAUACUUUUGUCCUGAGAGAGAGAGAGAGAGAGAGGAGUAUAUUAUUCAAAAUUAAUACGACGGUUAGGGGGGAAAUAUGCGGCUAGAAGAAGAAAUCCUCGUAGUCCCGCGCGCUCUCUUCGACGACACAUUAAAUGUUAAAGAACGCUCUAAUGGCGUACCAUUACUAAUUCAUGAGAAUAGGCGUUGACAACAUAUGCUUUGCUGUAUUUUCUUCUCCGUAACCUGAGUUGUAACAUUUCAAAGUACAGCAAGAUAUGAGAGGGUCAUUACUGCCCGAGUGAGACUUUAUCGAAACGCAGGCCCGGAGAAUUAUGGACAUACUGCCGCUAAACUUUCGAGUUUUAUCGUUUUGCGGCGCGUGGAGCGAACAAAAAGGCAGCAAUUCUUUCGUCCGUUUUUUAAGUCUCUGCUACAGGUACUCUAUAGUGUUAUUAAUAUACGAGUUUACGAUAUCGGAAGUGAUCGAACUCGUGAGGACGCGCGACCACGUUGAAGAUAUAACAGAAGGACUCUUUGUAACUCUGACUUAUGUAGCCCUGUGCUUUAAGUACGGAAAUUUCCUGGUGCGUCGAGACGAGAUGUCUGCAUUGUUGAACUGUUUUCGAGGUCAGACGUGCCAGCCGAAGAACUCCGAGGAACAGAUGAUCCUGAUCAAAUACGACCGCAAAGCUAGGUGGUGCGUUAGAACCUUCAUGAGCAUGUCCCAAGCUACCUGCUUGGCCUUUGUGUUCGCUCCUAUUGUGGGACCGCAAGACACCGACAGGCCGUUGCCUUUCAAGACGUAUAUACCAUAUUCCAUAUCCGAUUGGUACAUAUACGUGCUGACGUACUUGCAGCAAACAGCUGCUCCAUUUUACGGGGUUCUGCUUAGCGUCUCCUUCGACGCCCUUGUUUACGGCUUUACUCUUCGUACUUGUGGACAGAUCGAGUUGCUGUGCCACCGUCUGUCGGAGAUCUUCGAGGAUCAAUUCAAUGUAAAUCAGUAUCGGAUUAAAUCGAACAAGACAGUGGUAAUCGGCGAGUGCGUGAGGCAUCAUCUGCGCGUGCACGAGCUCGUCAGCAGGAUACAGUCGUUGUUCGUGUGGACUGUCACGAUCUUGUUCAUAUUCAGCAUGGUCACCCUGUGCACCAGUAUUUUUCAAAUGUCCAAGAAGAGACUUCUCAGCGUCGGAUUCCUCUCAUUGGUCCUGUACUUCGGAUGCAUGCUGUUCCAAGUGUUUUUCUACUGCUGGUACGGAAACGAGCUGCAGCUGAAGAGCAAGAGCAUCAGCGACGCUAUUUAUUCGAGCAAUUGGACGACCGCCACGUUGCAAGAUCGCAGGAGUUUGCUGUUCGUGAUGACUAUCAGUCAGAGAGGAUUGAUGCUGUCCUAUUACGGCAUCUUCAACUUGGCCCUCGACACUUUCACCUGGUACGGAAAUUUCCUGGUGCGACGAGACGAGAUGUCUGCAUUGUUGAACUGUUUUCGAGGUCAGACGUGCCAGCCGAAGAACUCCGAGGAACGGACGAUUCUGAUUAAAUACGACCGCAAAGCUAGGUGGUGCGUUAGAACCUUCAUGAGCAUGUGCCAAGCUGCCUGCUUGGCCUUUGUGUUGGCUCCUAUUGUGGGACCGCAAGACACCGACAGGCCGUUGCCUUUUAAGACGUAUAUACCAUAUUCCAUAUCCGAUUGGUAUAUAUACGUGCUGACGUACUUGCAGCAUGCAGCUGCUACAUUUUACGGAAUCCUGCUUAACGUCUCCUUCGACGCCCUUGUUUAUGGCUUUACUCUUCACGCUUGCGGACAGAUCGAGUUGCUGUGCCACCGUCUGUCGGAGAUCUUCGAGGAUCAUCUCAAUGUAAAUCAGUAUCGGAUCAAAUCGAACAAGGCGGUGGUAAUCGGCGAAUGCGUGAGGCAUCAUCUGCGCGUGCACGAGCUCGUCAACAGGAUACAGUCGUUGUUCGUGUGGACUGUGACGAUCUUGUUCAUUUUCAGCAUGGUCACCCUGUGCACCAUAUCUAGCUGUGCGAUGUUCGGCAUAUCGCCGUGCCAGCGGGAAUAUACUGACCGGAAGUUUGCUUCGCAGAAGAGGCUCCUCAGUGUCGGAUUCCUCUCAUUGGUCCUGUACCUCGGAUGCAUGCUGUUCCAAGUGUUCUUCUACUGCUGGUACGGAAACGAGCUGCAGCUGAAGAGCAAGAGCAUCAGCGACGCUAUUUAUUCGAGCAAUUGGACGACCGCCACGUUGCAAGAUCGUAGGAGCUUGCUAUUCGUGAUGACUAUCAGUCAGAGGGGAUUGAAGCUGUCCUAUUACGGCAUCUUCAACUUGGCUCUCGACACUUUCACCUGGGUAUUGAAGACGUCUUAUUCCGUCUUUAACGUUCUGCAACAGGCAUCGGUGACAGAGAUUAUGGACAUCCUACCGGUGAACUUCAAAGUUCUGUGGUUCUGCGGCGUGUGGAGCGAACGAAAAGAGAGCGAUCCUCUCGUUCGUUUCUUAAGUCUCUGCUACAGGUACUCUAUAGUGUUAUUAAUAUACGAGUUUACGAUAUCGGAAGUGAUUGAACUUGUGAGGACGCGCGACCACAUUGAAGAUAUAACAGAGGGACUCUUCCUAACUCUGACUUAUGUAGCCCUGUGCAUUAAAUACGGAAAUUUUCUGGUGCGACGGGACGAGAUGUCUGCAUUGUUGGACUGUUUUCGAGGUGAGACGUGCCAGCCGAAGAACUCCGAGGAACAGAUGAUCCUGAUCAAAUACGACCGUAAAGUCAAGUGGUGCGUCAGAACUUUCAUGAGCAUGUCCCAAGCUACCUGCUGGGCCCUUGUAUUCGCUCCUAUUGUGGGACCGCAAGACACCGAUAGGCCGUUGCCUUUCAAGACUUACAUGCCAUACUCUAUAUCCGAUUGGUACUUAUACGUACUGACGUACUUGCAGCAUGUGGCUGCUAUAUUUUACGGGGUCCUGCUCAACGUCUCCUUCGAUUCUCUCGUUUACGGCUUCACUCUUCACGCCUGCGGACAGAUCGAGUUGCUGUGCCACCGUCUGUCGGAGAUCUUCGAGGAUCACCUCAAUGUAAAUCAGUAUCGGAUCAAAUCGAACAAGGCGGUGGUAAUCGGCGAGUGCGUGAGGCAUCAUCUGCGCGUGCACGAGCUCGUCAGCAGGAUACAGUCGUUGUUCGUGUGGACUGUGACGAUCUUGUUCAUUUUCAGCAUGGUCACCCUGUGCACCAGUAUUUUCCAAAUGUCCAAGAAGAGGCUCCUCAGCGUCGGAUUCCUGUCAUUGGUCCUGUACCUCGGAUGCAUGCUGUUCCAAGUGUUCUUCUACUGCUGGUACGGAAACGAGCUGCAGCUGAAGAGCAAGAGCAUCAGCGACGCUAUUUAUUCGAGCAAUUGGACGACCGCCACGUUGCAAGAUCGCAGGAGUUUACUGUUCGUGAUGACUAUCAGUCAGAGGGGAUUGAAGCUGUCCUAUUACGGCAUCUUCAACUUGGCUCUCGAUACUUUCACCUGGAUAUUGAAAACUUCCUAUUCCGCCUUCAACGUUCUGCAACAGGCGUCAAUGUGACAAAGAAGAUCUUGUAUCAUUAAAAGGAACAAUACGUUGUA